AAUAACUCCCCAGAGUUCAAUGCAGCCAAAUCAUCUCAAUGCAUAACACAAGAGUACCAUGCAGUAGAUCUCUCCCUCUCCUCUCUCUCUCUCUCUCUCUCUCUCUCUCUCUCUGUGUCUUAAGAUUUGAUCUAUUCUUCGUUUACUGAGUUGUUUUUGGUCAAUCAACAUAUCCAUCAAUUGAUACACCAGCGUGCCUCAUGUUGGGAAGCUGGUUACUUCAUGAUCCAUCGAUCUUAUUUGAAUCCAAUACAAAGUGUUCUCAAAAUAUAGGAAAUUUGAUACACUUAUUGAUUCUGCCGCUACUUUUCAUCUGAGCAGUCCAAAUCGUGGAAGAAAGAAUGAAUGAAGCUCCGUCAUCAAUGCACACAAGACUGUCCUCAACAGCCAAGUAGCUACCAGGAAGUCUAGAAGUUCAACGCUGCGGGGAAAUGCUAAAGAGAUAGAAUACUAUUAGCCAUGGCUGAGAGAAUAGAGAUUUCUGAUGAUGAUAGGAGUGAUGGAAGUGAAAUUCAAACCAAAACCUCAUCUCUAUUAUGUUUUCCAGGGCAUUUGUCCUUUGACUUGAAUCAAAAGGCCAUGGAUGAAGAGGAUAGUAGCACCACUGGUGUUCCUGAAAAUGAAGUUAAAGAGGACGAGACAUCAACAGAUGCUAAUUACAGUAACAGUAGUAACAACACAACUGUAGAAGGGAAAGAACGAACAACAGUUAGGCAAUAUAUUCGAUCAAAAAUGCCUAGGCUCCGUUGGACUCCUGAUCUCCAUCUUGCUUUUGUGAAUGCUGUUGAAAGGCUUGGUGGGCAAGAAAGAGCAACUCCCAAAUUAGUUCUUCAGUUGAUGAAUGUGAGAGGACUUAGCAUAGCUCAUGUAAAGAGUCACUUGCAGAUGUAUCGAAGCAAGAAGCUUGAUGAUUCUGGACAAGUUCUAUCUCACACGAGUAGACCGAUGUAUGUAAGAGAUCACAUUCUGGAGAUGUACCAAAGAGCCAGUCCUUACGGACACUUUAGAAUGGAGAACAGGAGCCACUUCUUUUCUCCUGUAUUGAGACAGAAGUUUGACCCCAAAGCUAGCUCUUCAAGAAACCAACAGUGGGCUUUCGAUCAUGAUGUGAGGAAAACAAGUUCGCUAUGGACCAAGGAUUCUGAACUUGAUCUGAUGAGUACGGAUUGGAACAAGGACCGGUCAACAAACUCACACCUGUUUGAUGUAAGGGAUGGGGGAACAGGAAUUGUGCCGAUUCAUACUAGCCGAUUUGUUGAAGAGAAGAAGUGGCCUCCACGCGAGUUGAUUGAAAAUCAAGGGAAGGGUAGAAAUAAUUCUCUAAAUAUAUGUUGGGAUGGUUCCUAUUCUGAACUUCUAUCAAACCAAAUGCAUCCGAAGCCAAUUUCAUUUGGUGGCAAUAACUAUGCCAUGCAGCCUUCUAUUUGGAGUACCAAUCCCAGCAUCAUCAACAAACAACUUCAAUCCAACAGAUGUAAUCCCUUGUUCUUAUCAAAUAGCUUUGAACCUGAGUUUGAAUCCCCAUUUCGAGUCGAGCUCCACAGGUUACAAGAAAAACAACCCCAGAGCAUAAAUGAAAUGGUAUUGCAAGCAGAAGAAAGUGCCUUUGUAGACAGGUUUAAAGAGAAGAAACAGCUACCUGAUUUACAGUUAAGUUUGAGCCACAACUUUGAAAUUGGUAAUGAAGUGAAUAUUAAUCCUCGGGAAAGCACCAAAGAGAUCAGCACAAUGCUUUCUCUUUCUGUGGCCAACUCUUCGUCGAGAAAACAAGCACAAUCUAGUGAAAACAGAAGAGAUUUGGAAGUUAACAUUUGGGAUAGUUACAAACAAGUGGUACCAAGGCCACAGGGCUGAGUACUUAUUAGGAUCUGACCAUGUAAAAUUGAGCAUAGAAGUGAGAUCUUUUAAGUACUUGUCUUAAAGGCCAAACUGGACAAUUAGUUUUGCUGCUCACAAUAAGGAAUCCCCAGUUGUUUCUCUCAGGUUAAAACUGGAUGAUAGUUGCAAGCUA